AUGUCUAACGUUUGUGAAGAUUUGGAGUCUGGCAUAUCUCCAAUCAAGUGCUUGGCUGAUUUUUAUGCAUCUAAUGAGCAUGUAAACCCAUGCGUGGGUCGACAACGCGACGACCUCGGAACCUUCGAGUCUGGGGACGACCUCAGGAACUUCAGGUUUGGGGACGACCUCAGGACCUUCGAGUCUGGCGACGACCUCAAGACCUUUGGGUCUGGCGACGACCUCAGGACCUUCGGGUCCAGCGACGACCUCAAGACCUUCGGGUCUGGGGACGACCUCAGGACCUUCGGGUCUGGGGACCUAAGGACCUUCGGUGGCGAUGACCUGAGUAUUUGGGUCUGGCGACGAUCACAGGACCUUCGGUGGCGACGACCCCAGGACCUUCGAGUCUGGCGACGACCUCAAGACCUUCGGGUCUAG